AUGAUUGUACUAAAAAACAAAUCAAUGGUUUUACUUUUGGUUUUGCUCUAUUUUUUAUUUACAAAAGGACAACCAGACAAACCCAAAGAACCCGAAAAACAGUCAGAAGCAUCAGGCACAACAUUUCCAUCACUUGAACCACUUCGACAAGCUUUACCAUCAUCAGACGAACAAGUUGUCAGAAGAAGAGUACCAAGAACACAACAACAACAAGCUCAACCAACUCCACUUAAGUUUCAACUACAUCCUUCAACAAUCAAAAAAUUGGAUUAUUAUCAACCAUGUAAAACUUAUUAUGCUUAUACAAAAAAGUUUGAUUAUAUGUUGUUUGUUCAGUAUUGGCCUGGUGGUCGUUGUUAUGAUUUUAGAUGUUCGCUUCCUUUAAAAACUCCUUUUGUUAAAGAAGGAUUUUGGCUCCAUGGACUUUGGCCACAGAAAAGGCAAAAUAGGAACAUUUAUUGUUGUAGAAACAAUUUUAAUAUUUAUGAAAUUGAACGGAGGUUACAAACAGACCCUUUAAUAUCCCAAGACAUUCACAAAUAUUGGAUGUCAGUUGAUAAUUGCCGUCUUGCUCUUUACCAAUUCGAUAAACACGGUACCUGUGCACUUACAGCUUAUCAAGGAAGUAAUGGUCCUUAUGAUUAUAUUUGGACUGCAAUAAAUCUUUGGAAAAGAAUAGAUAUUUGGAAAAUUCUAAAAAACAGUCAUUUAAACAUCAAAACAGAAGAAUUGUAUGAUAUCGAAAAGUUGAGAGAAAUCAUUUCAAAUGUUUACAAGGGGAAAGUUGCUUUUAUGUGUAAAGAGAUGACUUCUAUUAUAGAACUAAGAAUAUGUGUUAACAUAAAAGGGGAUAAAUUCAAUCCUGAAGUUAUUGAUUGCCCAGAAAAAAUUUUAAAAGAAGAAGAGAAAAAAUGUUCCAAAAUGGUUUUAUUUAAAAAUUUCCCAACCUAUUUGUUGGACCCUUCCACUGCACCAAGAAAUGAUUGUCCUUAUUAA